AUGUAUUGUUCCUAUUACAACAACUCUUUUUCAGACUGCUUAAUCGACAUAACCAAACUAGAUGAAAAACAUCCAUUAUUUCUUACCAGCAACACACAUGACAUAAUCUAUCCAGAACCAGAAACACAAACGCUCUCCUUUAAAGCAAAUGAAAAUUUUAACCUAGACUGUCCAGGAACGGGUAAAGUAGAAGCAGCAGGUGCAACUUUUGACAGAACCGUCUCAGCAACAUGCGUAUCAGACGGAUAUGUAGGAAUCGAAAACGAAAAAUACAACGUUUCCAACGUAGUUUGCUCGAGGAGAAUAACCAGUGUUGCUAGGUUCACUUCUAAUAUUUGUUGGAAACAUUACAGAGAAAUAGAAGUAGGAUUAGAGUUACCCGGAAAGAAGUUCAAGCAAUUAUAUACUACUUGUUACGAUGACGAAACAAAAAAUAUUGUUUAUUCAACUUUUCAAUUGACUAAGGAAAUUGAUUAUCAAACGUCAGGAAAUAGUAGGCCUGGAUGGACAGAAGGAAAAUUCUAUAACUUAUCUACUAAGUUAAAUCAAUUAUAUACCAAUCCUGUUCAAAGGAAAACUAUCAAUAGACAAAUUGGGUUGUCUGAUGAUGAUACAACUUACGUUAAAUCAACUGGUCACAAUUUUCUAGCUAAAGGUCACUUGACUGCUAAGGCUGACUUUUUCUACAAUGCUGAACAACAGUCGACGUUUUUCUAUAUUAAUUCUGUACCUCAGUGGCAGACGUUUAACGGAUAUAAUUGGUUCUACCUUGAAAGAGAUUUGAGAAAUUAUGCUGCUAAUAAUUAUGUGGAGUUAACCGUAUACACUGGAACUUAUGGAAUUUCUACUUUACCACACCAAAAGACAGGUGAAGAAGUGCCUCUGUACCUUUAUCAAGACGAAGAAGGUAACCAAGCUAUCCCAAUUCCCGAACUCUUCUGGAAAGUCGCUUACGAUCCAAUCCAUAAAGCCGGAAUAGCAUUAUUGGGCGUAAAUAAUCCGUAUCAAACUGACAUAAGCAAAAGCAUCAUUUGCAAAGAUGUAUCGCAAAAAAUCGGUUGGUUAAAUUUUGAUCUUACCAAAGUUGAAUCGGGUUACAUGUACGCCUGCAGCAUACCCGAUCUAAGGAAUGUUAUUAAAAAUUUACCAAAUUUUAAGGUUUCGAAAUUGCUAUCGUAAUUAUCUAUUGAAAAUCC